CAUGCUGUUCAAAAUUUCGUGUCUCCUUAUUUUUCUGGCGCUCUGUCUACACCAAAGUCACUCGAUCAAGCGCCGAUGCCUUCAGCCUUUGGAUGAGGGCACUGGCAAGGCCUACCUGCGCAAUUGGUUCUACAAUUCCACGGCCCAGAGAUGCCAAAGGUUCAUCUUCUAUGGCGGUGCGAGGAAUGGCAAUAACUUCAAUACCCAGGCUAGGUGCCGCAAAAUUUGCCUAGCCCAAGUGCCCAUGCCAAUUAGUUUUUCCCCUACCGAUGAUGGCGUUUAAAAAGAACAAAGAUCUGAAUCAAGUACAAUGUAAUAAAUGAG